AUGGCCGCCGUCCAAGCAGAGCCCGAGAUCAUCCUCUAUGACCUGGCCUGCACCAAGAACGUCUGCUUCUCGCCCGUCGUCUGGCGCAUCCGCCUGAUGCUCAAUUACAAGCAUAUCCCCUACAGGACCGUCUUCCUUGAGUUUCCGGACAUCGAGCCCACACUGAAGGGGCUGGGCCUAACACCCAGUAUCUCACCUUCGGGAGCGCCGAAUAAAUAUACGGUGCCUGCCAUACAUCACGUCCCGACCAACACGUACAUGAUGGAUUCGGCGCCCAUCUCGCGGUUCCUCGAGUCGACCUAUCCGGAUCCUCCGGUGCCACUGACGUCGGAGCUGGGCCGCGAGAUCGAGACCAAAGCCCGUGCUGUGAGCGGCGCCGUCCUCCGCGCAUCGAUCACGCCGCGCGAAAUUCGGAUCUUGUCGCCCCGCGCGCAGGAGUUCUUCCGCCGCCCCCGCGAGGCCGUGCUGGGCCAUCCCCUCGAGGACCUGCUGGACCAAGAGAAGGAAGACGCAAGCUGGGACGCGGCGAGCGACGGCAUGCGCGCCGUGGGCGAACUGAUUCAGACGAACAAGGCCGCGGGUCCCUUCGUGCUGGGCGCCCGGCCGAGCUACACCGACUUCUUCAUCGCGGGGGCGCUCCAGAGCGCGAGGAUGGUCGACGAGGGCGUAUUUCAGCGAUAUCUCAAGUAUCCCGGUUACGGAGAGGUUUACGAGGCGUGUCUGCCCUAUAUGGAGAAGAAUGAUUGA